AUGAGCGACUUAGUCAGCGACGACAGCAUCAAUAUUGCACCCAAGGAUGACAGAAACGGCUUGCUCGUACUUGUGCUGUGUGGGUUUGCAGAGGUCAACCACGCGCCCGUAGACGCCUGUGAUAUGGCAGCAGGGUUUACCUGGGAAGAUGCGCUGCAGACUGGCGAGCGUUUCCUUGAGCUUUGCCUCGCGUUCGGAUUCGGUAUAAGGACGUCAUGCUUACGAAUUUUCAACAAAACCAAACACACAAACGUGGUCAAACAGACAAAUGUGGCUUUGGAAUCGCGGACUACGGUAAUACAUUCAAUACUGCGUCUUCAAGUUGUACUCAGUCUUUGGCCAAGCAGAGAUGUAUUGAACCCUAUCGGUGUUGACAACGUGUUGAUGGUACAUGUUCAGUGGUAUUCAGUAGGGCGUAAAGGUGUCUCUGUAAUUUUGUACUUGAUUGGUAUGGCACGCAUGAUUGGUCAGGAACGCGUGAGGAACUUCACGACAAUGCAAGAAAACAAUUGUUCGAUGGAAUUAAGGCAGACAACAAGCAGAGGCAGAGAAGGAGAAUAUGAGAUAUCCGACGCUUUGAAAGCCAGAGCCAAUCAUCUGACUCAAAUUGGUGACAAGGAAGGUGCAGUCGCAGCGCAAAAACUUGCACUCGAGAAAACACCUGGCCUUACCUCAAGGAUAGAUAUUGUGCUCACUGUCAUCCGACUGGGAUUUUUCUUCGGCGAUAAUAGCCUCAUCACUGAGAACCUUCCCAGAGCAGAAAAUUCAUCGAGGAGAGUGUUUAUGACUGGUGGUGCACUUCUCCUUGACGCACUAUCGACAUUCACUGCCACUGAACUCACAACCUACAACGACUUCGUCGCUCUCAAGAAACGGCUCAUUACCGCACCAGAAGUUAUAUCCGUUUUGCCCGAAGUCCCGAUCCUUGGAGACCACUUAAACAACCUUUACGACUUUGCGCACCUUCAAUCUCGAAGGCCAAAUUUGCUCAGUGGUCUCGCGAACUCGGCGCAGACGGCCGUCUCAGGAUCCAAAACAAGCUCCAUUGCUGCGGAUAUUGCUCACCUUUCGUCGAAGCCACUAUCUCCCAAACCUGGCUCAGCAUGGCGAGUAUGGUUGUUAUCAUGGAUAAAUCACGCCAGUCAACUAGCAGAACAACAUGGCACCGAAAUUGCCUCCGACGUUGUAGCGUGGUCCCGCCAUCUUGGUUCUAUGACAUACAACUCUGGCGUUGUGAACGUGACGGGCACGACGUAUGCACCCUCCCAUGGCAGACUUUCGAUCAAUCCUAGUCUCGUUCGUUCCCACCAUGCUUCGUACACGAUCGUUUUUACUACCUGGUCUUCAUCAAGCUCUGUGAACAAUGUGAAAGUCAAAGAGGACGUCAACGAGGACGACCCGCGCAAACGGCGAGCGAGGACUUUGGGACAAUUGGGGCGAGGCACAUUUGGUCCUCCACCCAAGAACCACGGAUCUGAAUGUGCAAAUGCGAAGUCACAGAUUUUGCUGACAUGCCGGGGACGUCUUUGGCACGGCGUCCGCUGGGUGUGCGGGAGAGAACUGCGCUGGGCGGAUAUGGGGUGUUGGGCAUUUGAGACUGGGCGGGAGCGGGAUUUGGAGGAUGUGCAGGAGAGGCACGAGGCACGACGGGAGAUUUCAGGGAAGGGCGUCGAUGAGAAGGAGAAUCGCGUGAACGAGGAUCUAAGAAAGUGUGAUUUGGAGAGUCUGUGGUGGGAGUGGGUGCAGUUGAUUCCUGGAGGGAGAGUAGGUGGAAGAGAGAGCGAGGAAUGGGUGUUUGGGCAUAAGUUAUUCAGUUUUCGCCCGGGAGACAAAAUAAGUGGAGCGGGAGCGAGCCCCGGUACUAUGGAGAAAAAGUUACCUCCUCCUCCCCCUCUAAGCCACCAGAGUGAAGUUUUCGGGUAUAGCUCAAGCGGGUUUGGCCCGGGAGACGAACGGAGUGGAGCGGUAGCGAGCUAUAAACCUAUAGAAUAG